AUGGUUGGAAUCAAUUUGGCCGCGAAUCCUACUGUCUAUAACUCACCAACUCACGACGUUCGUGCUAGAUAUUUCGACGGGGUCGGUUUGAGUGGUGAUUUCAUGAACUAUCUCUGGAACGGCGCUUUUGCGACCCAGGCGGAAAAGGAGUGUACCGAGGUUUACGACUUCAUCGUACAGAACUUCACUUGGAAUGAGGAUGUGCGCACGGCGGUGUGGAUGUUCGGGAUUAGUAGGGGUGCCUACAUCGUCAGGUCGGUCGGCGGCAUGAUCAAUAACUGCGGAAUCAUCCGAAAUAGGGGAAACGCGGUGUUGAUCAAGCAGGUCUAUGACAUCUAUCGGAGCCCGCAUGCCGUGCAUCACCCUUCGUCACCCGAGAUGGACCAGUUCAGAACAAAUGUCAGCUUUGCGGUGCGGUCGCCAAUCACAUUCAUGGGCAUAUUCGACACUGUUGGAGGUCGCGGCGUGCCGAGGCUAAACUAUCACACCGGGUCUGGAUUCGAGUGGCCUGAGUUCCAUGACAACUUGGUAUCGACCGCUGUGAAGAAGGUCUACCAUGCCUUGGCAAUGCAUGACCGUUUUUGGACAUUUCAACCAUGCCUAGCGUCGAGGAACCCGAGCCAUGCCGACAAUCCAGAUCUUGCUGACCUCCAGAUACACCAAACAUGGUUCCCGGGCUGUCAUUACGACCUUGCUAGACAGGAAUUCCAGUUCCUCCGAGAAGGAGGCACGAUGCUGGAAAGUGCCUUGUUCCCUAUACUCAACAUAUCCAGUAACACGGUCUACCCCAACGAGAAGCUCGCAGAUCUGGUCCUGUUGUGGAUGCUUGAAGGCAUACAAGUAGAAGGAGGGGGAGCUAUUGUCAGUCAGGACACGGCAGGCAACCCUUCCAGCAUCGCGGCAGAAAUAAACAGCAUCCAGCAGCUCAUCACGACGAACAGCAAGGGCACUGGCGACGUAUACUCCAAUAUCCUCAGCUACCUUCCUGGAGGGGGGCUCUUCUCCGCUCCGCUAGCCUGGUGGAAGAAUCUUAACAAAACCGCAUACGCUAUCCUGUUUCAACCAGUGGACAGAUCGAUACCCGAUCCGGGUAUCGGUAAUGGGAAUGUCUCUCAUGUGUGGAAUGAGGUCUAUCACUAUAUGAACGCCGAUAAUAACAUUGGAGAGAAUAUCAUUGAGGAAAUUGCUGAUGUCCGACCGCCGCGAUAUCCGUCGCAGACUUACCAGAAAUAUCUCACGUACAUGGCGGCGGUUGGACGGCCACCGGUUGGACCACCCUAG